AUGCGGUCCAGACUGAAAGGCAGCACAAGGCGAGAGCUUCGAAGUCGCUCCGUCAGGCAAGGAUGGUGCAAAUCUUGGACUGAAGUCAGGGACAACGAGCUAUCGAAGUUGUUUUGUCAUAACCGAUUUGCGGGGUCCGAGGCCCGGCCAGCGUCGGCCGACAACAUCGACGACGACCCGGUGCUGGUCCGCGACCUCAGCUUCCUGGACCAGCUGAUCAACCCGUGUCACGUGGUGCACAGCGGUGCGCUGCUGCCGACGACGGUGGCGGCGGCGGCCGACACGCGCCAGGGGGAUGAGGAGCUGACCGUGGAGCUGCGGCUAGCCAGCUCGCUGCUGCACCAAGUCCGCGCCGUGUCGGGGGUGCCGGACUGCGACGGCAUGUACCUGCAGAGUCAGCCGUCCAUGCCAGAUCUGGUCGGCCUCACGCGGCGCCACGCCCUGCUGGAGCUGUUCCGUGUGUCUCUGUACGAGGCCGCACAUCUGAAUCUGAUGGCGCAAGACAUCAUCGACUCCAGCUACACGUGUGGCAACGAGACCUUCGACCUGAUGCACCAGAUCUUCACGUUGGCAGGUAACCUCCAGAACAUUCUCUGCGUCAUCUCGGAGAACAUUUCGCCUACAAGCCUACAACCGCUGCUGGAGACCGUUAGUGAGGUCACUCUCCACCGAUACAAAGACUGUCCGCGACGCUUGAUGAGGAACUGUCUGGUAUUGGAAAACACGGGCAGCAUGCUGGCUCUCUACACGCAGUACCUGCACGAGGCCGAGCUGGCCGAGAACGGCUUCCCGCACCUGCGCGCAGCCCGCGCCGUCACGCGCCGACCGCACCGACUGGCAGUGCGCCGCGAACGCCACGGGAACCGCUCCAUCCACACGAGCCGAGUCCACCGCGCCCUACUCCGCCCUCAGUGA